AUGGUAGAGCCGCUCCCUCUGCGCUACUUGUCGGCCUACCACGGCGCUUGCCGCCACCUCUUUUGUUUCUUCUUCACACCAGCCAAUCCUCUCUCUUCACAUCUAGCUAACUUCUUGACAGCCGGUAAAAAACGAACACCGUCGACCGAUCGCCCCAAAAACUCGUCGCCUGUCCCACCCCUGGGCAUAGCUUCGCCUUUGCGCAGGCCAUCUUGGAAGGAAAUUUCUCUUCCCUGCUUGCCGGCUUCUUCCCCAUCGGCGCGAAACGCUUCCAUACUCUCAUACUGCCGCAAGGAUGAAGGUGCGUUUGCCUACCUACACCAAUCUCCCCAGCCCCGCGUCGCGCUUCCCCUCCGCGCCGUUCGCCGCGACUGCGGUUUUCGCCCAGGCUGUCGCUGGUCUUCGCGCUGUGUAUUGCUCGUCCUGGACAGCCAACUGCCGGCCAACACGGCGCGGCGCUCGAGUGCUUCUGCUCAUGCCAAGCUGCGCUCAAACAUGACAUCGGCCCUUCGACGAUCUAUCAAAGGCGACAAGGACAAAGGCCAGAAUGUCGCUGUUAUGCCAAAGUCAGCCGUCGCCAUUGUUCCUCCGAAAAAGGUUAUUCGAGCACUAUACGACUACACAGCUCGCACCCCGCAGGAGUUGAGCUUCUCCGUUGGUGACUUCUUCCACGUCAUCGGCCGCGAGGAUGACCCUGACUGGUACGAGGCAUGCAACCCAGCCCUGCCAGAUGCGCGUGGCCUGGUACCUGUCGCCUUUUUCCAAGCUCUUGGACGAACCGAGCGAGACAGCGCCCAAUCUGAAGGAAGCGCUGUUCGCCCCCCCACAGCCAACAAGACUCCGGAUCACGACUCUGGAUACAGUGACGCCUCUCCGACUUCUACCGCCAAGCCCGCCCAGCGCCUCUCCAAGUCUGGCGGCAAGGGCGGUGCCAUGGUCUACGGCAUUGUCAUGUACGAUUUUGUCGCCGAGCGAGCAGACGAACUCAACGCCAAGGCCGGCGAGGCCAUCAUCGUCAUUGCCCAGUCUAACCCGGAGUGGUUCGUAGCCAAACCCAUCGGCAGACUAGGCGGCCCAGGCUUAAUCCCCGUUUCAUUUAUCGAAAUCAGAGAUAUGGCCACUGACAGGGCCAUUGUUAACCCCGGUGACGCGAUCAAGCAGGCCGGCGUCCCCCGUGUUGAGGAAUGGAAGAAGAUGGCCGCCGAAUACAAAAACAGUAGCAUUACUCUCGGAAAGUUUGAGGCCGGCCAGCAACAAAUGGAACAGGGUAUGGACCGCCUUAGCCUGCAACAGCAGGCCGACGCUCAAGCCGGCCAACGUUCCCGCAUCCAGUCGACCCAACAGGCAGCUCGCCACGUCAGCAACUCGACAUCCGAUCUCUACGCCCCGAUCCAGGCUCGAAUUCCCCGAUACUGCUUCGCCGAGGACAAGUACUGGUUUGUGAUUGAGGCCAUGUUAGAGGACGGCCGACACUGGGAGCUGUCGCGAUACUACGAAGACUUUUACGACUUCCAGAUUGCCCUACUCACAGAAUUUCCCACCGAAGCUGGCAACACAGGCUCACAAAAACGAACACUGCCGUACAUGCCCGGACCUGUCAGCUACGUCACUGAUGCCAUUACGGAAGGUCGCUUGCAUAACCUAGACGCAUACGUGAAGAACCUGCUCGGCCAGCCCCCUUACAUCUCUCGAUGCACCUUGGUCAAACAAUUCUUUGCUCCCCGAGAGGGUGACUACGAAAUGGACGGCCCCUCCAACGACCAGGAAUAUAGGGACUCGCAAGAUUCGCCCCAGUCGUCGUCGGGAUCGCCCAGCAAUGGGGACUCGAGACUCCAAUCGAGGAAUAACGUCAGUAGUAGCGGCUACGGUGGACUUCCGUCGGCGCCACGCCAAGCGAGCGGAUCAGGGCCAGCCGGUCAAGCACAACAACUUAUCAAGGUCAAGAUGUACUACGGUGACGAUCUUAUUGCCCUACGAGUACCCCGAGUCGAUACGCGCAUGGACAAGGACGCCCAGUUCAAGAAGCUCCAAGCCGUAAUUGCGGCCCGCCUGGAUGUGUCCGACCGAGACGAGCUUCAACUCUGCUCCCUCAACGAACAGACGAAACAGCCAAGCAAUUUGAUCAGCGCCUACGACCUUGACUCUGUUCUUGGCAAGUCGGACAAGCUUCUACUGCGCGCCGAGGUGCUGCGCGGCUAG